GUUUGGGACACCUUUGAGGUUAAAAUGAGUGCCGAGAAUUCAAAAGUCAAACCAAUGAUACCUAGAUGACCAACCCACUUGUAAUCCCUCGUGUGGCUUGUGAAAUGUGAAUGCAAUUGCAAACGACUUCAGAGAAGAUGUUAAAAAGGCUUAGAUGGGCGUCAAAUCCAGUGCAAAAUUCGUCCAGAAUUUGUGGGUGCUUAGCAUCGACGUCCAGCCAAUGCCGAGAUGGUGGGGCGGCGAGGUCUGGCCAGCGAGCGAACGAUUUGAGGCGUAGCUAGCCGGCCCCCCGUUGCGUCAUUCUAUCUGUACCCAACCAUGGCGUGCAGCUUCCCGCGAACCAAGCUCGCGACCGCAACACCCCUCUGUACGCUUGCCAGCUAUCCUGCAACCCAUAAGAAGCGAGUAAAGAUCUCUACCCCGCGAACGCUGUACCGAAAUCUCUGCCAUCAGACCCUCCCUUCAUCUACGACAUCUUCCGUUUCGCGCAACGCAUUCACACUACGACGAUCGAUCCUCGCUCCAAGCAGCAGCAGCACCAUCACAACCACCACCAGCAAGCUCCUUCACCCUCGUCAGGUCGCUGCCAGCACGUUCUCGACUUUUACACACUUGAAGAUGUCCGACGCAGACUACGCGGCGUUCUUGGACAAGGCGAACCAGGACCCCAACGAGGGACACGCCACUACGACCAGCAGCAAGAGCAAGGAGUUCAAGGCAAAGGACAAGGGCGUCGAGGUGCCCAAGGCCAUUCAGGAUGUGUUGAAGCAAGACAAGGUGUACAUCUCGGACGCGGACGAGCCGUUUGUCGGCGUUGCGUUGCAGUGGGAUGAGGCUGGCAAGGGUCUGCCCGACGAAGUUGAAUUCGCGCAACUGAUUGGCCACCCCGAUGCCGAGAACGCGGACGUGGAGCUCCUCGACCCCGUGGACUGGGACUCGAACGGCGAUUACAAGGACGUCAUCGAGGCGGUCCGCAAGGCGGGCAAGGGCAACGACGUUAGAGUUUACAAGGUGCCAAAGGGCGGUGUCCGGACGGAGUACUGGCUCGUCACGACGGAUGGGAAGGGAAAGGAGGCGAAGCUCGUGGGCGUGAAGGCGCUGUCUGUCGAGAGCUGAGUGUCCCUCCUCCGACUCGCAGCAAGGAUGGAAAACCCGAGUAAAUGUGAGGCGGGACGGAGAGACAUGGGGCAGCCAGCCGGUCAGCGUGGUCCUCUAACGGUUCUAUGAGCAGUGGCUGAUUUAUACGUAGCACAAACGCAGCUCAUGUUUGUACAGCAAUAUUACCAAUUAUAGCAGAAUUCCCCCUC